GAGCCUUUCUUCAAUCCUCGGUGCUCAAAAUGGAGAGCUUGAGUGAUGAAGUCUGGGAUGUUGUCAUAGCCGGAACCAGUAUUCCCCAGUCGCUUCUGGCAUUGGCUCUUUCUCGUUCAGGCAAGAAGAUCUUGCAUGUUGAUCGCCAUGCUUACUAUGGAGGUGACGACGCCGGUUUGAGUCUGGACGACGCCCAGAGUUGGGUAGAAGACUUGCGGCAAUUCAGAAGCACGGUGUACAAAGAUGCCUUCAUAUCGAGGUACACCGACGACGAGUCUAGGACCCCCUCAUCACUUGGACCAUCCCGGUCAUAUACUCUGAGCUUAAGCCCCCAAAUCAUCUAUGCCAAAUCCGAGUUUCUCCCCUCCCUCGUCUCGUCACAGAUCCAUACCCAACUGGAAUUCCUUGCUGUUGGGUCUUUUUGGGUCCUAGAUGAUGGGAAACUGCACAAGAUCCCAAGCACCCGUGAGGAUGUGUUCAAUGAUGAAUCACUUUCGAUGAAGGACAAACGUGGACUGAUGAAGUUCUUGCGGUACGUGAUACAGGAGGAGGAAGAAUCAACAACGGCCUCGAAGGAAGACAGUACCAGCAUGUCGCUGAAGGACGCCUUGACGACGGAGUUCAAAAUUCCAGACUCUUUGCAGGCUCCGCUGGUAGCACUUGCGCUGUCCCCUGUACCAGCCGACUCGGUUCCCUUCGACAAAGCCCUAGUCAGGAUCAGGAGACAUAUGAAGUCGAUGGGCCAUUUUGGUCAAGGCUUUGGCGCUGUCGUUGCUAAAUAUGGCGGCACAGCAGAAAUCUCACAGGUGGCCUGUCGUGCCGGUGCUGUUGGCGGAGGCGUGUAUCUUCUAGGGCACGCGUUGCAAGCUCUCAGCGCUCCUGCUAACACCCCUGUUCUCGCACCCUUAGAUGGUGGGGACAGCACUCUCGUUGAAUGCACGCUUUCCGACGGUACUCGAAUCCGGACCCGAUACGUCGCCGGCAACCGUGACGAUAUACCAAUUUCCAAAGAUGUUGUGGAAGAAGUGGCCUCGCUCUGUACUACCUGGAGGUCUAUCCAUAUCAUCGCCGAUCCGUUAAAAUCAAUGUUUCCUCCGACAUCAGAGAAUGGUCCUAUUCCAGCGGUCACAAUUGUUCUGGUCAAUGGCGGCACCCCUGAGCACGGCAAGGAUCCCGUUUAUCUGCAGAUUCACUCCGAGGAUACGGGGGAAUGUCCGGCUGGUCAGUGUCUUAUCUAUGCUUCGGUCGUUUCUGAAGAUGCGUCCUCCGAAGAUCGGCUGGAAGAUGCUGUAAGGUUGUUUCUUGAUACCGUGGGUGCAAAAGACACACUCCUAUGGUCGCUCUCGUAUCGAGCUCUGGGGCCUGCUAUAGACCGUACUUUCAACUCCCCACCGUCACGGAAGCACACACCGGUUAUCAUCUUUCCACCCAAGCCGCAAGACAUUGCCUUUGACGAUGGUAUACUCCACGCAGUCAACGACGCUUGGCAGGUGAUCAUGGGGUCAGAAGCUGCAACUCGCAGCACAUUUCUGAGGUUCGAGGAGCGCGACACCGAACUCGAGGAUUAGCACUGCAUUCCCUGCUGCUAUCGCCUGACUCGAACUCUCGUAUCUGUUCUAGGCACUGCACAAAUUGGUGACUUCAUCCGUCCAAACAACCAUUUCUCCAUAUUGGCCAUCUCGCGGACUUUCUACCUCGGGUUCAGAGCCCUAGCACGAUACAGCUCUUGUUGCUACACGAAAAGCAUGCCAUAUCGGCAAAGAAAGCAUUAGUCUUCUACAAGAGUUCACUCGACGCAUGGAGAGCCUUCGAGCAACUUUGAUCACUGCCCGUCUCCUGCGAUUGGCUUGGUCAUAAGAAUGCGCGCAUUCUUUUGCAUGGAUCGUGGAGCUGCGAGGUCAUUUACGAGGUGAGCAUUGACCGGUUGUCCAAGCAAUAGACAUGCUGCCUAUGCAGACACUUGGCCUACAUUGGCCUAUUUUUUUGAGGAUCAAUUGACAUGUAGUCUUUGCUCUCCUUGCAAUAAUGUAUUGAAGGCCUGAUAUAGACACCGAUGGCAUCUGACGGAGGUUAUAUUUUGUCCCUUUAGUUCCACCUGCAUACUUGUGUGUUCGACUAUCAGCAAGAUUUUAAGAAACGGCCUUGCAAGGUUACCGUCGAACUGUCUCAAGGAUUGGAGACGACAGUCUCGUCCGAGCAAAG